GCCCGGCUCCUCUGUCCCGGAGCGGCGGCGGCCGCAGCUCUAUGGUCGCCUGAGGAGCCGCUGCCGGGGAGCCGGGGAGACACGAGGACGGGAUGUUUUGUCUUCGUUUUUUCCCUGCUGUGGCAGGGCUGGCUAUUGUUUCCCGAAGGUACCAUGGCUCAUCACAUCUUACUCAGGGUAGGCGCCGAUUGAUGAUGGUAGCUUUCGGGGGAACAUCUGCAGUUGCAGCAAGCACAGGCCUCUUAUGGAAAAGAGCCCAUGCAGAAUCUCCACCAUCAGUAAAGGAAGACCUCAAGGAUGACCAUGAGGAUGAGGACAAUGGGGAGAAUAAGGAGAAAGAACCCUGUAAAGACAGUCAUAUUCAUGAUCUGCCCGAAGAGAAAAAGAAGCAGCGUUCUGGAUUCAGGGACCGAAAGGUGAUGGAAUAUGAGAACAGGAUUCGAGCCUACUCCACUCCUGACAAAAUUUUCCGAUAUUUUGCUACCUUGAAAAUUGUGAGUGAGUUUGGUGAAGCCGAAGUGUUUAUGACUCCACAAGAUUUUGUGAGAUCCAUAACCCCCAAUGAGAAGCAGCCAGAACAUUUGGGCCUGGAUCAGUACAUAGUGAAACGCAUUGAUGGAAAGAAGAUAUCUCAGGAGCGAGAGAAAUUUGCUGAUGAAGGCAGCAUAUUUUACACACUUGGAGAGUGUGGACUCAUCUCCUUUUCUGACUACAUCUUCCUUACAACCGUCCUUUCUACUCCUCAAAGAAAUUUUGAAAUUGCCUUCAAGAUGUUUGAUUUAAAUGGAGAUGGAGAAGUAGACAUGGAGGAGUUUGAACAGGUUCAGAGUAUCAUUCGCUCCCAAACCAGCAUGGGCAUGCGUCACAGAGAUCGUUCUACCACUGGUAACACUCUCAAGCCUGGCUUGUGUUCAGCUCUCACAACCUACUUUUUUGGAGCUGAUCUCAAAGGGAAGCUGACCAUCAAGAACUUCCUAGAAUUUCAGCGUAAACUUCAGCAUGAUGUCCUGAGGUUAGAGUUUGAGCGUCAGGACCCCGUCAAUGGGCGAAUCACUGAGAGGCAGUUUGGCGGCAUGUUGCUGGCCUACAGUGGAGUCCAGUCCAAGAAACUAAAAGUGAUGCAGAAGCAGCUCAAGAAGCACUUCAAGGAUGGGGAAGGCCUGACAUUUGAAGAGGUGGAAAAUUUCUUUACUUUCCUGAAGAAUAUUAAUGAUGUGGACACUGCCCUGAGCUUUUACCACAUGGCAGGAGCAUCCCUGGACAAAGUGACCAUGCAACAGGUGGCGAAGACUGUGGCUAAAGUAGAACUCUCAGACCAUGUAUGUGAUGUGGUGUUUGCACUCUUUGACUGUGACGGCAACGGGGAGCUGAGCAACAAGGAGUUUGUCGCCAUCAUGAAGCAGCGGCUCAUGAGAGGCCUGGAGAAGCCCAAGGACAUGGGCUUCACCCGCCUCAUGAGGGCCAUGUGGAAGUGUGCUCAGGAGACUGCCUGGGACUUUUCCCAUCCCAAAUAGUGACCUGAAGCACCUGGAGGGUGCAGGCUACCCCAGCAGCUUGUGUGCCCUCUGGCAUGACUGACUGGGGGUGGAGAAAACCAGCCUGGUGCCCCUGGAAGUACUGCUCAUUCCCUUCAGAGGGCUGAACCCUGUCAACCCUGCCAGCCACCUUUCUCCCCUUUUCCCAGGACUUAAUCAACACAAGGAGUUCUCUUUCUGCCUCCUUCACUAUCCGCCUCCCCAGGAAACCCCCCAUUGUCUAUGUUGCUGGCCCUUCCUCUGUCACGUAAUCAGGAUUUUGAUGGAUCGAGGCUAUGGAGGGGCUAUGAGCAGGCCUAGAGUUUUGAGGGCAGCAGUGAGACCGAGGAAGCUCCCCCAGAGGAAACAUUCAAUCCUCCAUUUCUUUCCUGCAUUGCUUUUACCUUCAUGAAAUUUUUUAAAGGAAGUUACUUGCUUUUCCCCUCACUCAUUUUUUUUUAAGACAACUCCAUAUUGGGGGAAACUCUGGCCAGCAGUGCAAGUAUCUGUGACCAGUGGCAAUGAAGGAAGCUUGGUCACUGUCGAGGGGUUUGGCCACAGGAAGAAUUUGUUUUAUGCUCCAAGCUGACUCACUCUCUCUGUCUUGCCCUGAGGAAGUAAUCUUCACCAAGAGGAAAAACCCAGCCCCACUGAGCUCCUGAUCUGUAACCAAGAAGGGAUGAAGAGUAUUGGGCCUACCUCCUGGGCUUCUCGGGAAGAGUCAGCAAUGAUGCUUGACUUAAUGAGCAAAAUUCGUUGUCUGUGUCCUCUCUGCUGCACCACUUCGAUUAUUUUCCCAUGGGGAGCUAUGGAAUGCUGCUUCUCCACAACAGAGGCCUAGAUCAGGAUCCCUAUCUGUCCUUGGUCUUAAACUCUUCUAAAAUAUCACUUUAAUUAUACCAGUUUGCAAUGAAUUCUA